CCAAUAACUUAAAUGACUAAUUUUGGGCAUACAUACUGUAUGUUUAGGAAGACAACUAAUUUGGCAUACUGAAAAUAUGCACGAAAAAAGUGGUAUGGCAAAAAAACUGUUUUCUUUUUUACUACUGUGCUGCAUGAAAUCACCGGAAUAUUUGGAUUGCUAUAUUACUGAAUUAUUUUAUUUAAACAUUUUUAGGGAGACGAGGGAGACCUGCGCUUGACAUUACAAGGGAGCAAAUUCAGCUGCUCCUUACUCAAGGUUUCACAGUCAGAGCCAUGGCAAGGAUGCUCGGCUGUUCCUCUUCCUACCUUCAUAAGAAAAUGAAAUCUUUUCAGAUUUCAGCAAGAAAGAGAUUUACUUCCAUUAGCGAAAUUCACCUAGAGGAGCACAUCAGGAGACUCCAUAAUCAGUUUCCAAGAUCAGGCUCAGAAAUGAUGCGGGCAUACCUGCGUGCAGAAGGGAUUGUAGUGCAAAGAAGAAGAGUUCGAGAGACCCUUAACCGCAUUGAUCCAGCCGCUGCAGCCCAGAGAUGGAGUCAGACUGUGGCAAGGAGAACUUACCAUGUGCCAUUUCCAAAUAGUUUGUGGCACAUAGAUGGCCAUAUGCGUCUCAUUCGGUGGGGGUUUGUGACGCAUGCCGGUAUUGAUGGGAACUCCAGAUUAAUAACUUACAUCAACUGCAGUACAAACAACACAGCUUUGACAGUGUUAACUAAUUUUGUUCGAGCCACCUGUCUUUAUGGGUUACCCUCCAGAGUCAGAUCGGACCGCGGAGGGGAGAACACUCUGGUUGCUCUUUUGAUGAACCUUCUGCAGGGACAAGGACAUGCAGGUCACAUUGCCGGUCAGUCUGUACACAACCAACGUAUUGAACGUCUUUGGAGAGAUGUUUUUCAGCAGGUUGUGCACUACUUCUACACACUUUUCUAUUCUUUCGAAGAUGAACAAAUCCUGAACCCUGAAGAUAACUUUCAGAAAAUGGCUCUACAAGUAGUUUACAAGCCCGAAAUCCAAAAACGUCUAGAUUUAUUUAGACAAGCAUGGAACAACCAUAAAAUUAGAACGGCUAAUAACCGUACACCAACACAAAUAUGGAUGGAAGGCAUGCUGGCCAACAUUGAGCAGGAGUCAACAGCUCUUAACAAUGUUUUUGGAGUUGACCCUUACAUUGAAGAAAAUCUUGAGGCUUGCUUGGCAAGACAUGGCAUACAGCUAACCCAGUUACAAGCAAACAGAGAAGACUUGGAACAAGCAGUGAUUGUGCAACAACCACUCAACAUAAGCUCUGAUCAACACCAGGCUCUUCAAAAUGCAAUUGCUGGAAUAACACACUUAAAGGACAGGUAUCUUGUGUGUGCAAGAGAGCUUCAAAACAUUAUUCUCAGAACACAAUGAACUUGCUAAUUAUUGUUUUGA